AUGCUAUGCUAUUGCAUUUUAAAAAUACCUUUAUGCCCAUUGUCGGAUUCAUUUCUUAAUAAACCACACCGUGCGAAUUACUUAGCACCCAGCUCCAAGAUGAACCUUGGUCUCCUCUUCGUCAGUGUCCUUCUCUCAUUCGUAUCAGCCAGGACUACAAUCAACCAUGACCAAGUGCAGCCGUUCGAGCAGAUAAAACCAGCCACAGACUCGGAGAAGUCUGCCAUCAAGUACAAGCCGCAACUGCAUAUCUCGGACGGAUGUCAUCCGUACCCUGCUGUCCAGAGCAACGGCUCAAUCAGUGGAGGUUUGAAAUGGUCCGGUAAGGCCAACGGUGACUGCAAAGAGCCUGGCUUGGGGUCCCAGGUCUACUCGCGCUCCGCCUGGUUCAAGGGCAAGUGGGCCAUCAUGUACGCUUGGUACUUCCCGAAGGGGCCACAGUUUGUGCUUAGGUUUGACACGGGUCACCGUCACUUCUGGUCGUAUGCAAUUUUGUGGACGGACGAUCCCAAUCAUGACAACUCGACUAUUCUCGGAGUGUCGAUGUCCGGUAGUAGGGGGUACGUGAAGGAAUCUUCCCCGAAGGCAAAGUAUAUUGUAAAGGGUACAACAGUCAAGCUCGACUCCUAUGCGAGUUUCUGGAUGGGUGUCCAGGCUCUCCAAUUAACGAAAAAACUCGGUGAAACUCAAGACCUCAUCACGUGGGAACAGCUAACAGAUGAAGCGUGUGAUGCUCUAACCGAGUUCGACUUCGAGUCAGAUCCGUCACGAGCAAUGGUUGUGAUGCCACUGGGCGAUGACAACUUCACGCCGAUUCUCAAGGACUCUUAUCCGUUUUAG